AUGGACUUCACCGCUGUGCUGCCAUUCGAGCUCUCCAUAUGCAUCUUUGAGCACUUGACGGAAGUGGACCUGGAGAGUGCCGGGCUCGUCAGUCGCGAGUGGCGGCGAGCAGCCACCGAGCCGUCGCUGUGGCGCGGCAUUUUCUGCCGCGUGGCCCGUGUCGACCGCCCGUCGCGCACCGACCACGCCGACUGGCGCCGCGACGCCCUCCUCCAGCCCGCGUUGUUCGCGCGGCUCAAGGAGAAGGUCAUGGCCAAGGACAUCCACUCCUUCUCCUCGCUCAUCAAGCACGGCGCACUCGAGGUCAAUGCGCGGGACGCGGACGGAUGCACGCUGGCGCACCACGUCAUCUUGUGCAGUACGCAGCAGGCCGAUUCACACUCGGGGAGCGUCAUCACCCGACAAGCCAUGCUGAACCUGUUGAUCGAGCACAACGCUGAUCUGAGCAUUCGGGCCAACGAUGGGCAGACGCCGCUCCACCUCUCCGUUGCGGGACUUAACCUCUCGCUGACCGAACUGCUCGUCAACAAGGGUGCCUCGACGGCCAUUUUUGACAAUGAGGGCGUAUCUCCCAGCGCACUGGCCACCAAGUUGAACCUGCAAUCGUUCAUCAAAUUCUUCGAGAGCAAGUGCCCCAACGCCAUGCUCUGCCAAGCGGUGAAGGAAUGCAACUUCGAGCUGGUUCGCAAGCUGGUCCAAGAUGGCUACGACCUCAGCGAGAAGGACCAGAACUGGAAAACGCCGCUGCACUGGGCUGCAGAGAAGAUGAGCCCCGACACGGUGCGCCUGCUCCUGGACUACGGGGCGGACAUAGGCGCGAAGAACAAGGACGGCCAGACUCCGCCCCACUAUGCGGCUUACAUGGGGUCGCUUCCGGUCAUGCAGGUGAUGAUCGAGAAAACCGGCGAUCACUCCCUGGUGCACUGGACCAACAAGCACAUGGAGACGGUCUUUGCCUACGCCUGCCACUGGGGCCAUGUUGAGCUGGCCAAGUACAUGCUCGGGAUUGGGGCUGACCCAACGUCGGUCGACUCCUGGCUCAACACGCCCGUGUUCCACGCGGCUCUCUCUGGCUGCGUGGAGCUGAUGGAGACUCUGCUGGCCGACGAGCGGACCCACCCGCUGGUGGCCACUGCCAACUGCGAUGGGGAUACGCCCUACGGCUACACCAAGGAGAACGGCAACAGUGCCAUGCUGGCCCUCUUCCACGAGCGCUGCCCCCAGCACUGCCCCGCGCCUUCAUCAGAAGAGACCGAAGCCAUCACCACCAGCCUCGACCACGGCCUCCUGCUCGACGCUUGA